AUGUUUUCAAAUCAAACUGAUAUAAUCAUUUCGAUUCAACCAUUUGAAAAAUCUAUCUCUGUAAAAACAAGUAGUGGACGUGAAAUUAAUUUAUUACAAACCUUUGUGAUUUCAAGUGAUGAUUCUGAUUUUGAUAUUGAGAAGAUUGAAGAUUCAAAACCUAAAAAUACAUUAAAAAAAGUCAAAAAAGGAAAACAUACAAAAAAAAGAAAUAGAUAUGAUAAUAAAAAAAAUAGUGAUGAUGAAUAUUACAUUGUGUCCAAUGGUUCUGACAACAUUGAAUACGAAAUUUAUGAAAAUGAAAUUGAAUUAUUAAAAAAGGAAUCUAAAAAUUUUAUUAACAAUUGGAAUCAUAAAGAAAAUAAAAUUAAUCAAACCAAAAUUUUUGACAAUAAGAAACCAAAAAUUGAUGAAAAUAUUGAUGACAAUAUUGAUGAAAGUAUUGAUGAUAUGGGAUAUAAAUAUAACGAAACUAAUUUUGAAAAUUUUGAAUUAUUACUUAAACAAGAAAAUUUUUCAACAUUAUAUGAUUUAAAAAGUUUUUUAACAAAAAAUAUAAAUAAUAUUAAAAGCUUAAGAAUUAAUAUCGAAGAGAGUAAGUUUAUGAAAAUUGAUAAUGAUCUUAUUAUGAGAGGAUUUACAAUUUUAUAUAAUAAUGGAGCAAAAAUUACAACUCCUCUUUAUAAAAAUCAAGAAUUAUUUGUAAUUGAAAAUUUCCCAAACCCUGAUUAUACAAUAAAAUUAAAAUAUAAAGAAGAUGAUAUCAUCUCUACCACAUCAUCAAAUCCUAAAAAAUAUUCGUUUCAUUAUUUCAUCGAAAAGAAAUACAUAACUUUUAUGUUUACUGAAAAUCAAAAUUUUACAAAAUUGGAAAUAUACAAUACAAAAAAUCCUAUCUCAAUCAGUGAAUUAAAUUCGUUAGGAUUUACUAUUUUUAUCAAAACCAAAGAUAGUCAAUUUUUAGAUUUGUCUGAAGAUAAUUCAUCUUCUCUUCCUUAUUUAUGGGAAGAUCCUUUUUAUUUAUGUGUCGGAAGAAACUAUACGAGAUUACAAAAAAUAAUUUAUUAUUACUUAUCUGAUAAAGAAAGUAUUUUAUUUCAAAUUUAUUCUUCUCACUUUGAUAAUAUAGAAAAACUUCUUUUCGAUUAUAUAUCCCACAUCAGACAAAUUCGUGUUGAUAGUAUUUUUAGUAUUGUUACUCAUAGAAUUGAUUAUGAAUUCGAUCUUCAUAAAGAUUGGAAAACCCAAGUUACAAAAACCAUUCUCGAAUUAAUAUUCAAUUAUUCGAAAAAAAUCACUUAUUUUCAACUUUCAAACAAAUAUAAAUCCAACAUCACCAAUCUUAUAGUUAAAUACAAUUCAAAACAUAAUCAAUAUAUUUAUCUGGACACCACCCGUCCUAGUGAUUUACUUAAAUUCAAUAACAUGUACGGAAAUGCCCUUGGGUAUGAGAAACGGGAUAGUCAAGGUCAUUCUUCAUUUUGUAUCUCUACCAAUCUCCAAAUUUUUAAAAAAAUCAAUUCAGAAAAUAUUACAAAUAUCAGGUUCAGAAAUGUUAAAUUUACCGAAAAGGAAGAGAAAAUAUUGGAUUAUUUCGUAUCGUUGAAAAAAUUAAAAUGUCUUAGCUUUAUUAAUACAAACAUCGACAAUAUUCAAACUAUUUAUGAAAAGUUUAAAAAUUCAAAAACUUUAGUGUAUUUAAAAGUUAUCUCGUAUAAUCUUAGAAAUUUCGUUUUUACAGAAAAUUUUUCCAUGAAAUUCUUAAUAAUGAAAAUAUCAAAAACAUCAUUAUCAGAUUUAAUUGGAAAGAAGAAAAUUUCUUAA